AUGCGUCUUUCUUCCUCCGCCAGACUCGGCCUCCUGCUCUUAUCUGAAGUUUUUAAUUUUUAUUUUUUGUAUCCUUGUGGUGGGCCAAAUGCCCAUGCGGUCUUGACCAAUGACGUGGUCAGCCUUAAAGCUCACCGGUUCGCUGACUCAUCCAACUUAACCUACUCGAGCUUGAUUGACGUUGACAUGUUUGAGCAGCCCGAAAAGGUAAAGCCUCGUCGUGUGGUUGCAAAGACAUGGCAGCAGGUCUUCCUGAUUUACUAUAUUUCCUUCACAUUUAUCCUGCCUCCUCUUGCUGAUCCCAAGUGCUCUACGGUGGAGAUGGCGUCACAGAUACAACUCUCGAUACCACAGGAAGGGAAACUGGUGAAUGUCGUACCCGUAGUUUUAAAGGAAGCCGCUCUUGAUUCACCGAGUUUUCGAGCUACGACGGUACAUUUCUCCGAGCAGAUAGAUUAUAUGGAAAGAUGGCUCGACAAUUAUAUCAAAACUACAGGGCGGCUUACAUCCGAGCUGGCGUCGCUGGAGAACAUAUCGAACGGAAUCCUUGCCCAUAUCACCUCCCCGCCGAAUAUCUCCGAAGCCAUCCUCGAUCAGGACUAUGCUCUACUCGCAAUGAAACGUUACGGGGAGUGCUUUAGAGAUAGCUGGUCUGGAAUGAUAAAUGCAACCAAGCGGUUCGAGGUACAAGUCGCAGAACCUAUCAGGGCGUUCAUGCAGGGAGACAUACGAGCAUUUAAGAUAUAUUGCUAUUCUCCGUUAACACCUGCCCAGGAGCUGCGAAGGGUUCUCGAUCAAACUCAGAAGCAGUUUGAUCAGCUACAAGCAAGAUACUCCUCUCAGGGAAAAUCAAAAGAACCGUCUUCUUUGAGGGAAGAUGCAUUCCAACUACAUGAGGCCAGGAAAGCAUACCUCAAAGCCUCCAUGGACUUCUCUGUACAAGCUCCACAGCUCAAGGUUGCAUUGGAAAAGCUUCUUGUCAAAGUGUUUUUUGAUCAGUGGCGAGAAUUCCGGGUUGUCAGGGAUGCAUCCUCAGCUACCUUCACCAAAUAUGGGCAGGAGAUGGAGCGAACAAAAGGAUGGACCCAUGAGUUGGAGGCAGGUGAGAAGUCUGCUCGCAGAGAUCUACUGAUUGCAAGAAAACAAAUUGAAGAGUCUGUUGAGUAUUCUACGAGACCUUCAAGAGAGCUGGACGACUAUUCUAUAUCCACAGUGCCAUACCUUGGCUCACACGGACCUGCGUCUGUCAAACUUGCUGAGAGCCAUGUUUUCCUACCGGAAAAGCAAGGCUGGCUCAACCUAAGGGUCCUCACGGGAAAGCCAACGAGGACACUCUGGGUGCGGCGUUGGGCUUUUUUGAAGAAUGGAAUUUUUGGUUGUCUGGUUCAGAACCCUAGGACUGGUGGAGUGGAAGAGAGUGAACGAAUAGGUGUAUUGCUUUGCAGCAUCCGCCCAGCUUUUCAAGAAGAACGUCGUUUCUGUUUCGAGGUUAAGACCAAAAGCAACACAAUCCUACUACAGGGAGAGACUCAAAAAGAACUCACAGACUGGAUAGGGUCAUUUGAAGCUGCUAAACGAAAAGCUCUUGAAAGCCCUAGUUCAGAGAUGUCAGCGGCUUCAAAAUCGAAAUCACCAGACCCAGCGUUUGCAAUCUCACAACCCCCUGCCCCUGAAUUUGCCGCAGAUCCUUCCGACUCUUUGACCCCGAACACCACUGGGGAGCUGCCUGCUGUUGAACGCGGGGUCACCACGCCUUUACUGGAUUUGGAUGCGCUAGGUGUCAGAAGUAGUGCUGAUUUCUCUCACUCUAGACGAUCUACCGGUCCAGACAGAGACGCUGAUGGUGCUGGUCGGGAUCACACUUCAAGGAUAAUCCAGAAGUUAGAUAUCCAUCGAAAACAAAAUCCAAAUUCGCCUCUCCUUGUGCCACCUUCGCCUGCGCAACCAUCGAGUGGCAUUGCUAGCUUGAUAUCCGCGAGCCAUAGUAUGUUCCCUGUCACGUCUGUUCCAUUUGCAAAGGAUGGCAAUGUCGACAGCGGUAAACCAAGAGGUGCCUCUAAAGGAGAUCGCAGUCACACCUCCCUUGCACCAUCAACAUUAGUUAACCCCCCUGCGCCUACAAGCAUGAGUAGAGUGGCUAUUAUGGUCAGCGCUGAGCGAGGCAUUGGUAUGGGACCAGGCGAUACUGCAAGCUCGAUACCCACUGGAAUGAUGGCCAAUUUAUGGGGAAGUUCGCAAUGGGCAAUGGUGAAUCAACUUCAACGAGACGAACCAACUGGAGCCCCUGCGAGUACUUCUAAUCACCCCGUAGUUGAAAUAACUCCAGAUACCCCCUCCAGCUCUACAGGUAACCCCCAAGGUCGUACAUCUAUGACACGUCAUAGGGCUACAGUCAGCCUUGGAGACACUGGAGCAUUCCAUCCAGAUACCGUCACAGCACUUCAUGACUAUCCAUCUUACUAUCCACAGCAACUCAGACCCCACAACUCUCAAUUUCGCCUACUCUUCCCACAUAUACCCAGAAACGAAAGUCUUGUUCUUGUUUUCAGGGCUACAUUUAGCCCAAAUGAUCAACAAGAUUUCCCAGGAAGAGCGUUUGCAACUACUCACAACAUCUACUUCUACAGCAACCAUCUUGGGCUUGUUCUAACCACCUGCGCCAAUUUACGCAGUAUAACCGAGGUUACUGCUGCACCGGGUAGGGAUUGUGACUUUUUAUAUCUCCAUGUUGUUCCGGAAAAAGGGAGCGAUAUUCCUGGACGUUUGGGAGUGAAGACAUUCCUGGAGCCCUUGAAACUACUGCAGAGAAGACUGAAUUACCUUGUCACCAACGCUGCUCUCGACAAUCCAGCGGGCUUAGAAACAGUAAUUAACACUCUGAUUAAGCUGGAAACCACUGGUCCGACAAGAACACCUAGUAUGGACAGUUGGGAAGAUGUAUCUUUGAACACCCCAGCUGAUGACGGUACCAUGGUACCAAAACCAGAGAAAUUGCUGAAAGCCAGCACAUACAUUGACCAUGACCUGGAUAUCGAUCCCACCAAGCAGAACUCUGCCACACAAGCUUCUCGUAUAAGAUUGCCUUCACAGCCAGUCAUAUAUGAACCACAAGGGUCCCUUAACCUUGCUGCUGAACAAUACGUUAACAUGAGCCCCAAAGCUUUGUUCCUCGUGCUUUUCGGAGAUAAUAGUCCGAUUUGGCAGCUGUCUCAGCACCAAAGAAGAGCGCAGACUAAUGGUAUGAAGAUAUCAAGCAAGGGCCCUGGGUCACUUUACCUUCCUCCCAUCUUCGACGUGAGAUGGCGUAUCAAAUUCGCAUGGUUGAUACAUUCGGUAAGAUUUUCCAAAAACUCUCAAUUUUCCCACUCAACUAAUAUUGUAUAUCAUCUAGGACGAUCCCACCUCGCAGACGUCUGUGAUUACCAAAUCAUAGAUGUAUUUAACGACCACCUUUGCUAUGUUGUCACGGACAAACGCACUCCCUGGCAUCUACCAUUCAAGCGGCAAUUUAGGCUCGUUAGCAAAGCUGUCAUCACCCAUGUUUCCAAAUCUAAAUGCAAGCUAGCUAUAUUCACCAAGGUUGAGUGGAUAUCGCAGCCAUAUCUUAUAAGCAACUUGAUCGACCUAGUGUCAGACCAAGUAAAACGACUUGGGCCGUAUCCUACAACGAAAAGCGCAAUCUCCAUGUUUGGUAACAUUGGCCAUCAGACAGAAACUUCCAACAUCACAGUUUCUGAAAGGGUUCGGUUACAGCUUCAGCGCCCAUUAAAGCAGAGUGGUUUGCUGCCACUGCUACUAGAAACAUCUGGAUCGUUAUUCCAAUCUGCAGCAUCUUCCUUGAUUAUCUGGUUCUGGGCCCUGCUUCGAUGGAUUUGGAAAGUAUCUAAUGCCAAUAAGACUAUUCUAUUGCCAUUGAUCCUCAGUCUUCUCGCUAAUGGGUUUCACUCAUGGCGUGAUACAAUGGAUUGGUGGCAAGAACGCAACGCGGGUAAAUUCAUGGCCCGCCUUGGUGUUCGUCCAAACGUAGUGAUGGGCAAAGCAGUCUAUCUUAAAGAUUUAAAUGACGCUGUUCCGGAUUCGGUAGGGAUCCAGGGCUUCAAUACUAGCAUUUGUUUUUCAACAUUCCGUGAAGAGAACGGGUUGACAAGAGAUAACUUACUAUUACCGCCAUCAGGCACACCUGCUCAGAAUAAAAUAUCACGUAACGCAGCAUACCGGCUCCAACGCACUCGGGAAAGACUUGGGUCCUAUCGCCACAACCUCCUUGUUGGCCUAAAGGUGGUGAAUAGCAUCGAGAAGGAGGUUCUUCACUUGGAGUGGGAGCGAUGGCUUCGUCGAGAAACCGGGAGAUGCGCCAUGCUUGAUAUAAUGCUCAAAGAGCAUAUACAAUAUCACGAUAAUGACGACUAUGACGGAGUUUUGGGUAUUCGAAAACAGAUUUUAUCUGGAAACCAGAAGGAAAUUGAGAAGUGGUAUAAGGAGUAUUGUUCGAGUUGCCAGCGGGACCAGGAGAGGAUUCAUAUCAAUAAUUAG